UAUUUCCUUUGUUUUGCAUUGAAUAUGGCUGCCAUAUUUAGUUUAGAUGUCUGUUUUCAAAAGCGUAUCAGAAUUUGUGAUAAAUUCUACAUAAAAUUAUAGCAAAUUAAGGUUGUGUUCGUCUAAUAAGACAGCGGGAUGUGUUAAAAUUCCAAUGGACGUUUUAAAAAUUGCUGCCGUGUUGUUUUUAAGUUAAAAUGCUUGUGUUUACAUCGACUAUCUUGGAGUUGUGUGCAAUUUCUAACAGUUUAAGUGGAUUUCUUGCCUCGUUCUGCUGAUCUGGAGGCGGAGGUAGUUUUAGAGGGUGGUGGCGGGGACAUCACCGUUGUACCAGUGCCCACCCACGAUGGACUUACUCGUGAUUCCCAGGAAGAAACCAUGAGUGUAUGUUUAGAAACCAGCUCCGUGCUCGCCAACCAGGUGAGCACAUCGACGGCCACUCCGAUCAGCGAUGACGCCUCCAUCGCCCCGACUUCCACCGACCAACCAGAAGCUCCGCAGCCCGCGCCCUCAGUGAGAACCAUAGCGAAGCUUCCUUCCAGCGCGAACGCCGCCCUGUCGAAAGCCUCCUUAAUUACCGUGUUGAACACCCCCUUGGGGAACGUGAAGACAUUAUGCGUGACGCCGGCGGUCUCCUCGAACGCCACCGGCCAGUUUACCGUCGUGAAUUCGGCGACUCCUCUCAACGUGGCCAACUCCACGGUCAAACCGCAAACCAUCACGCUGAUCAAUACCCCAGUGACGGUGGUCAAGACCAUCUCGCCGAGCGUCGAGAAGAGCGCCGCCGACGUCGUGCCGAACAGCGCGGCGGCGGCGGUGCCGGCGCUCAUCGAGAACAGGGGACACAACGUGUUCGUUAAAAAUACGGCGUGCUCGGAGGGCGCGAGCCAGGACGUGCCCCAGGGGCACAAGCUGCUCACGGCCAACAAUUUUCCCACGAAUAACGUACUGACGACAGCAAUUAACGUGAACGACGUGAGUGCGCAAAAAACAGUCAACGGCCAGCGAAACAAAGUAAAGAUUUUGAACAACGUUUUAAUGCCGGGUACUUCGGCCGGGGGCGGCAAUAUUUUGUUGAAUAAACCUUCCAACGUCCCCCAGCGUUACGUAUCCCGGCAAAAAAUCCUCGGAGCAAAUAAUGGCGCUACAACAAAAUAUUUAAACAAACCCCCUAAUAAUGUAGUGAAUAAGCAGCCGGUUAACAUGAUAAACAAACAGCAGCCCUCACAAAGAGUCCUCUAUCCGACUCACAAAAGUCAAAUAAAGACCCUUCCGCCUGUUAAUAAUUAUUUGCACGGGAAAGCACCAGGCAUUAAAACUUUACCUCCACAUCCGAAGGGGAUACCGGGUCAAGUUCAAAGAACUGGCUCCGGGUUGCGGACGAUUCCUCCACAGAGGCCGCAGAAAAUUCCAAACAAGCCGAAUUACAUAGGGAAGCAUGCCGUACAAGCCCAGAAGUUGAAACAGCCCCAUAAGUUGAAGAGCAUGAAACCGAAUCAGAUGUACAACAGCUACCACAGCGCUCCCGUUCAGGAGAAGCAGAUGACUUUCAACCAAGCUCUGACCGCUGAAAUUAUAGAAACUCUGAGCAACAAAAGCAACAUGACCAGCUCGUUUUCGAGCAAGAGCUUCGAAAGCUUACCCCCGAGAUACGAAAACGCGUACUAUCCGCCUGAAAUGAAACCCACUUUUUCCAGCGAGCAAGCAAAGCCGAUGGAAGAACGCAACAAAUCCGGCCUCGAUCUCAUCUACCAAGCGGUCCUCCUCGAUCACAACUACAAUGCCACUCUUCCGCCUGAAUCUCCGACUCGAUCAAUCCCGACGCCGAACACUCCGUCUCAGCUAAAUGGCGUCUCGGGCAGCUCCAUGUACUCCCCCGGUAGUGGUAAAAGGCGAUCGCUUUCAACUUCCAAUCCGAUUUCUUCGUCGACGAGUUUAUCGACGCUGUCGGCGGUGGCGAGCAACAGCAACUCGAUCGGGCUGCAAGACGACGACGCCGCCUCCGACAUCAGCGACGGCUCCGACCGCAAACAGGACACCGAGGGCGAGGAGACGGACACGGCGCCGGAGGCGGAGGCCGUCAAUAACGAAGACCAGUUCGGCGAUUACGUCACACGGUGCAUUUGCGGUUUUAUUCACGACGACGGUUAUAUGAUAGAGUGCGAUCGCUGCAAGGUAUGGCAGCAUGUACAGUGUGUUGUUAAGAAUAAGCAAGUUCCUGAAGAAUACUUGUGCGAGGUUUGUGAUCCACAUAAACAUAUUGACCGGCAAAAGGCUAGGCAUAUGCAACAGCAAUGGCUAAGAGAAAGACAGUUUGCAGAUCCCAAGUUGAGGAAAGACACGAAGUUGAAGGAGGUGUUUAAGCAUAAGGAGACCUUGAGCGAUACCGAUACGUCGGACGGGGAGCAUCAAGGUCAUAAUAACAAUAUCGUGAGUAAGAGGCCGAAUAUCGUCAACAGGAGGAAAAGCGACAAUCAUCCAAAGGGCAGUGCGCGACAGCGACGGGAUUCGGCUAAGGAGGUGGCGCAGAGGAGGCAAAUUAAAAAGAGGGAAAGGAAGGUCGUCAAAAGAAAAACAAAAGCCCAGCUAAAGAACCACAGCGACGACGAGUCCCACGACCCCCCGUCCUCCACCCACCUGCCCCAGCUCCGGCAGUGGAUCGAGAACUACGAGGAGGCCGUCACCAACCACUACUCCCCGGAGCUGCGCGCUCGAAUAAGCAACAUCCGCGUGAACGGCGCCCACACCGACUUCUCGGUCCAGUUCGAGCCGUCGGUGCACAAGUGCCGCGUCCACACGCAGCCCCUCACCGAACUCAAGUACCUCGUGAGCACCGUUCACCUGCCGCCGAACUCGCCGGUGAUCGAAUUGCGCGGCAAGUACAUGCUGUCUGCGCAGCACCGCAACUCGGGCAGCGCGUUCAACACGCGGCAGCACGCGCAGCGGCCCGGGCCGUUCCUCUUCUUCUACAGGUUGCACAAGGACAACACGGAGGUGUGCGUCGACACGCGGACCUACGGCAACAGCGCGCGGUUUAUUCGGCGCUCGUGCAAGCCGAACGCCGAACUGAGACACUCGAUCGUCAAGGGGGUGCUGCAUCUGUACAUCGUCACGAUCACGAACGUCGAGAAGAACGUGGAGCUGACGAUCAAGCACGAGUCGCACGAUCUGGCCGCGAUAGGGACGACGCACAUCGCGUGCGCGUGCGGGAACGUGGACGAGUGCACGGUGAAUAGGACGACGGUGAAGAAGAAUGGAGAUACGACGGAGAUGCACAAGAAGAGGCGUGGUCGGAGAACAACAUCCUUAUCGCUAUCAUCUGAGCCGGAACUUCCGCCAAGUAAGCCGCCGAAGAAAGAGCCCGUGGUUCAACCUCCGGCGUCUCCGUCGACGCCCGUCAAGCAGGAGGUGGAACUCGAAGAAGACGAAAUCAAAACGGAGCCCGAGGAAAUCGUCAAACCGGAGCCGGAGGAGAUCAAGCCCGAGGUGAAGGAGGAGGUCGUCGAGCCCGUCGUCGAAGAGGCGCCUCCGCCGGAGGUGAAGGACGUGAAAGUGAAAGAGGAGGAUGUGAAGCCGGCGCCGCAAACGCCACCAACGCCGCCGAUCGCGACGCGGCGAUCGUCGUCGCACCAUAAAGUAGAGAAGGAGGAGGGCAAGGAGUCGCCACAGGAGGCGAAAGAAGAAUCGUCACCUCCAGUAGAGAAGAACAAGAACAAGAAGCUGAGUAGGGAGGAGAGGAAGCUGGAGGCGAUCCUGAGGGCGAUCGCGCAGAUGGAAAAGGCGGAUCAGAGGAAGCAGGAGCACCAGGCGAAGCAAGCGCACAGGAGGGAGUCAGAGCCGGGGCCGGGGAAGGAGGAGGAUAAGCUGGAGCCGAAGUUGAAACGCAAAAGGAGAAAAGGUAGAGCCCGAACUGCAAGUACAAACACACCAGCCAAUAGGAGAAAUCGUCUCAAUUCAACCGAUUCAUAUCUAACGUCAGGGGAUGAAACGCUUCUUUCUCCGCAUGAUAACCCUCCGGUAACUCGUCCUUCCAUGAAGGACACCGAUUGCAAGGAAAAUACUCAAGGUAACCAACAAAACUGCUCCGAAAAGGACGUCGGUCUCCUUUUGGCUCUUUCGAAUGGAGAAAAAGCGAAUAAAUCACCGCCCCGCGAAACCGACUCAAACUCAAAUUCAGCUCAGUCAUCGCCCGAAACCCAUCUAUCAUCCGCCUGCCUGCUAGUCCAGGCGGCCGUCGAACCCAUGGAACAAGGUUUCAAGUUCCCAAAAACCAAAAAGGUUUUAAUGAACGAGUGGUUGAACAAAGUGCCAGAACCUGUCCACUCCGCCAGUUCAAUAUCGCCGUCUUCACUCACACCACAUAUCAACACCGGCUCUGAAUAUGACUCGAAUGUGGGCUUUUACAACCCGGGUAAAAGCCUCGCUGCGCUCGCUCAAGUAGCUAGUUUUUGUGAUACGAACGUGCAACCGCGAGGGAACGCUAAGAAAAGGUGGCUGCGGCAAGCCAUCAGCGAAGACCAAUGUGAUAGUCCUUCCGGGCGUCCUGAAUCUCCUCCAAUCAGCGACACGAUAGCACCUCCAAAAAAGCGCCGCUUGCCCCGGGAGUCGCUGUCGAACGACAUCACUCCGCCGUCGACACCAACGAGCGUGGCUCCUCCAACCCCCAUCAGCGAACGGCCGCCAGUGCAGGAAGGCUGCGUGGAGAUCGUCUACAGCGGCGCGGACGAAGACAGCCCCACUCAAGCCAUCGAGUCGGACGCCGUUCUCGAGGAGCGCGUCGCCGAGAUGAAGGAAGAGUUCAGUAACUGCGUAAUCCCUCCACUCCAGGAGGCGCCUCCGCCGAGCUCCCGGCCGGAGAUGCCUCCGGUCGGUUGCCUUAUGGACCCGCGCUUGUCCAGAGACCACCAUCACAUGUUCUCGAAUAGCGAUCACCUGGUGGGCACCGUCGAGAAGACGCUGAGUAUUUUCGGGUUCGAGGAGAGAAAACCGGAGCCCAUCACUCCUGCAAAGAGAAAGCUUUCGAUUACAGAGUACAGGCAGAGGAAGAAGCUUAACAAUAACGAUAAGACGUCGAUGGAGGAGCCGGUCAGCACGGAGGAGAAUAAUUCGUCGGAGAGUUUCAAGCCGCUGCGUCCGAGGUCGGAUAGCACGAGUAGCUGCACGUCGAUCACGUCGUCGGACGACGAAGCGCCGCCGCUCGAGUUGACGGGAAAAGCUCCAUCGGCCUUCAACUCGGAACCGACCGAGCUCGAGCGCCAGCGAGAAAUGACCACGUUAAGGCUAAAGAAAGUUCUAGGCAUAGCCGUGGACGAAGAGGCCAGAAAACCAGCUUUAGACGUUGACGCAAUUUUGAAUUGCGAACUUCCCCCGGUGAUCAAGACAAUCCCUCCGAGUCCGAAUUUUCCCAUUCCGGGUAGCUGCGACGUGAACAUCGCGUCGAAGUCGCCCGUGGUGGAAGCCGCACCUUCUAAUCCAGCGCGGAGUCCUGUCAACUACCCCCCGGCCUUAGAGCAGGAACAAGCGGAGGUGGAGGAGGAGAACGAGGAAAAGGGGAAGGAUGGUGGCGUUAAGUCCACCAUGUUUUACACGCCGGACGAGGAGGAGCGAGGAGCAGCUGCGAAUCCACAAAGUGGGUUUGAGGAGAUUGAAACAGUCGACUAUGUGCCACCUUUUAACAAUCCCGUUUAUCCCAACGACACGUCGUAUGCGUCGGUUUUGGAUGAGGAGGGUAGAUACGAGGGCCGCAACCCUUCGCCGCCGCCCGAUUUGGGAACGGGCGAGUCGCAGUACCCUGGCCAGCAGACGUGAACUGAAGGAGCUUUAAUUAGUUUAAGAGGGUGUGCAAUUUCAAUUCAUAAAUAUUUAUUUAAUUCAAGUAUUAAUAUUAAGCACAGUGUGUAAAUAGUUGUUUUUAUUUUUGGAGAUUUAUUUUUUAAAAAAAUAAUAUAUGUUAAUAGCGAUCUGUAGGACCAGUGAUUAAGAGAGUUUUUUUAAGAGGUUCAUUCUUAUUUGCGCUUUGAGUUAGCUGUUUGGUUCACUUUGUCGUUUUUCAUUGCUAAUAUAGUUUUUUAUAUAUUUUUGUAGAUGAUGAUGAUGGAAGUAUGUACACUUUGUAAAUAAUAUAUAUAAUUGAAUUUCUAUCGCUAAGCUGGAAUUAGAAAAUUGUUAUUUCUUUUUUUUGCGUUCGCGUGCAGCGUCAAUCACUCUAAUCAACACUCUCGAAAAUCUCAUUUGUAAAUAUUAUAAAUUAAUUUGUAAUACUCGCGAGUUUGUGACCAGUGAUUGGACGUUGGCACCGUUGUACAUGUAAUAAAAGUACAAAAUUAUUUAAGAGGUGAUCUCGUGUUUUUAAAAAGUAGAACUUCUCUUUUUUAAUUAAAACUAGUUUUCCUAGUGUAAAAACCAUUGUUACUACAUACAUGUUGGGUUACAUAGGUGAAUUUGCAAAUAACCAUAGAUGACAGUUUAGAUUUUCAUCUGCUUCGAUGACAACUUUUGUAAUAAGUUUCUCAUGUUGAUUCGGUUGCGGGCGGCUUCUACGAAAUGACUCGAGUUACAAACUUCACUGAUCAAAGGCCAACAUGGUUGUUACGGAAGCCGCCCUGUACAUAUUACAUUUAUCAUAAUCUAUGUGUAAAUAAGUAUAUUUAUAUAUGAAUUUGUAAAUUUCGUACUACAAUCCCAGUGUAAGUUUCUGUUAUCAUGCAUUAAAGUUUUGUUCCGUUUGUUUAACUGUA